GCUAUUUUUUAAAUUGCAGAAAAAAAUAAAAAUAAAUAAUUUGCCAAAAUCCCCUAGGAUUUAAGUGACAGACUGUUCUUCUCAUCCUAUGACAAGAACGAGAUUAGCGUCAUUUUUUUUUUAUUACAGGAAGAUGUCAUUAGCCAUUCAUCCCGCCUCUAUACAAAGUCGAUUGGCUAGUAUGUUAUUUGCGUACGUCAAUCGGAAGAACAGCGUGUGCUGUUCCGCUUUACAGUGCUGCUGUGCCACAUUACAACACAGUCAGGAGUAGUGUGGUUCCGCAGUUGGGCACAUUUAGAUACUGUUGGAGUUUUCCUGUCAUGCCAUGUGAGGUGAAAGACCGCUUCUUGCUGCUGUAUGGUUCACAGCGUGGACAGGCUCAAGCAAUUGCUGAAGAAAUUUGCGAAAAAGCAAAUGAAUAUAAAUUUGUAGCUGAUAUUUGUUGUAUGAGCCAACAAGAAAAGUACAACUUGAAAAAAGAAACCUCACCUGUUGUUAUCGUUGUCUCUACCACUGGGGAUGGUGAACCACCAGACACAGCCAUUAAGUUUGUAAAGAGCAUAAGGGCCAAGACGCUCCCUCCUGAUCACUUUGCACAUCUGCGCUAUGCUCUUUUAGGGUUGGGAGAUUCAAAUUAUACAAAUUUCUGCAACGGUGGAAAAACCAUUGACAGGCGUCUUCAAGAACUGGGAGCUCAGCGAUUCUAUGCAACAGGGCAUGCAGAUGAUGGUGUGGGCUUGGAGUUGGUAGUUGAGCCCUGGAUUGAUGGGCUGUGGAGUGCAACAAAGAAAGCCUUAACAUCAAGCAUUUCUGCUGCCCUGAACGAAAUGGAGGCAAGCGACCAUGCAGGUGUGGUUCCAAACGGACAGCGUGAAACCUUCGCUGACAAAGAGACUGUGGAUAACUCGGCUACACAUUUGAACUUACAUCUACUGAAGUUAAACGAUUCAGGAGGCCUGGGUUCCAAGUUUCCAGAGCCAGUUUCGGACAAACCCAAACCAGUGCCUGAAACAACCUCAUCAGAGCAUUCUCUGUCCAGAUCUAUCCCACCACUGGCAGAGUCUGCGCUUAAUGUUCCUGCAGUGCCAGCAGAGUACUUGGAUGUGGAGUUUCUCAUUGCUUCGGAACAGGAAGCUUGUCCUCCGAGUACCCAGGAAACUGUAUACCAGGUCCCAGUUACUGGAGCUCAGCAAAUCACACAAAAGGAUGCCGUGAAAACAGCCCUACUACUUCAACUGGACCUUUCUAAAACUCCAAUCUCAUACCAGCCUGGAGAUUCCUUUAAUAUGAUCUGCCCAAACAGCAGUAAUGAGGUGGAACAACUCAUUUUGAGACUGGAACUUGCAGAAAAGAAGGACUACUGUGUUAAGCUAAAACUUAAACCAGACACCAAAAAGAAGGUGGCACAGCUUCCAGCAUACAUUCCUGAGAACAGCACGCUACGUUAUCUUCUGACCUGGUGUUUGGAAAUAAGAGCUGUUCCAAAGAAGGCAUUUCUUCGAGCAUUGGUAGAGUACACCACAGAUUCCUGUGAAAAACGAAGGCUUCAGGAGCUGUGCAGCAAACAGGGGUCUGCAGAUUAUAAUCGUUUUGUUAGAGACCCCAGCCUGUGUGUGUUGGAUUUACUUCGUGUCUUCUCAUCCUGUGCCCCGCCACUUCGUCUGCUCAUAGAACAUUUGCCGAAAUUGCAACCCAGAUCCUAUUCAGCAGCCAGUUCAAGUAGCUUUCAUCCUGGAAAACUGCAUUUUGUGUUUAAUAUUGUGGAGUUUCCCUCAUGUUCUGAGCGACCUAUUCCGAGAAGGGGUGUAUGCACAGGCUGGCUGUCACAGCUGGUAUCGCCAAUUCUCCAGAUCUCUGAGACACCAGGAAAGCUUUCUGAGGUGGGACAAGACCAUUCCCUGUUUCCAAAGGUGUCUAUUUGUAGUCGUCCAAAUUCAACUUUCCACCUGCCUUUUGAUCUGUCAGUGCCGUUUAUCAUGGUCGGACCAGGCACAGGGGUCGCACCCUUCAUUGGCUUCCUCCAGCACAGGGAAAAGCAGAGACAAGAAAACCCUGAUUUUCAUUUCGGGGAGACGUGGCUCUUCUUUGGCUGCCGGCAUAAAGACAAAGAUUUUCUUUUUAGAAAUGAACUGAGACAUUUUCUGGAAAAUGGCACCUUAACCCACUUGAAAGUCUGCUUCUCCAGGGAUUCACUGGGAAGUACAGAAGAAGCAAAGCCAAAAUAUGUUCAAGACAAUCUAAGACUUUGUGCUCAAGAUCUCACCAGAAUAUUGCUUAAAGAAAAUGGUUGCAUCUAUGUUUGUGGUGAUGCAAAGAACAUGGCGAAAGAUGUAAACGAGGCCCUGAUUGAUAUUAUGGUCAAAGAACUGCAAGUAGAUAAAUUGAAGGCUAUGAACAUUGUAGCAGGUCUACGUGAUAAGAAAUGCUACCUACAAGAUAUAUGGGGCUGAAAUUCAAUAAUGAAGAGAAGAUAACUGCUUGAAAACACAAAAUAACAUAUAUAGUUAUAUCUUCAGUAAACAGGCUUUGCCUAACAGUCUAUGACAUUUCAUACAGAAAUUCAAUCAAGCCUUCAACUUUAACAAGUUUUUUAAUACUGUGCAAUUUUUAAAAAUAAUGCAGAGAGAUAAAGGCUUUUUGGUUCGUUAUAUAAUAAAAAUGUGUGGUGGUGUAUGGAAAUAAGUAUAUUGGAUUUUAAUGUGGGACACUUUUUAUGAGUAACCAUAAAGAAUAGUAAUAGCUUUCCAGUUGAAUGGUCUUGUUUUUGAGGUAGUGAAAAUGUCCUAUGAAGUUCUGUUUAUCCCAAUAAGACAUUCAGUCCUACAUAAGGACAUUCUUCACCCACAAUUAUUUGGGUAAUCGUUGGUACACAUACACUGGGCAUUUAAGAAGGCAGGGGUGAAUAAAACGUGCUAUGAAUGUUUAUCAUGCUGUGGUGGCUGGGAUUUUAUUUUCUAUCUCUGUGGGUGUUUUUUCCGCUGUAAGUUUGACAUUACCCGUUUAAUGUCCUCAGUGCAAUAUUAAAAAGAGUCUUGUGAUACAAUCUAAUGGUAAACCCCAUUGGUGUGGUGGCAUAAAUAUCUAAUGCAAAUCAGUAAUACUCUAUAGAAAUAACAUAACUGGUAAUUCCUUUUGACAGAUACUUUUAUAUGCUUUUUAAUGAAAUAAAAUGAUGUGCCUGA